AUGGCUUUGUCAAAAAUCCUUGAAGAAGAUUUCCUGACAUGCAUUAUUUGUGAGGAAAGGUAUGAAGAACCUAAAAUACUUCCUUGCGUCCACAGUUUCUGUAAGAGGUGUCUUGAGGGGCACGUGAAGGUCAAACUCGACCGUAACCGCCGUUUCCCAUGCCCCAUCUGUAGAAGGGAAUGCGAGCUGCCAGAAAAAGGGGCAGAGGACUUGGAGAAAAGCCGUCUUCUUGCUAACCUCGCUGAGGUAGUCAACAAGGUCGACGAAGCGAAGACGCAGGACAAAUGCGAGACAUGCGCCCUUAAAGAGCCCCCAGUAGAUGCAGAUGCAACAAAAAGAUGCUUGAAUUGUGAUGACAACAUGUGUGACGUCUGCAGUGCAGAGCACCGACGCCACGGUGGAUGUCGCGACCACCAGUUAAUCCCAUUUGGCGAACUCAAUGAAGAGGCGUACGCCAGCGAACUUCGCUCUCGCCAACAAAUUCUGUGUAACCAUGAUAACAAGACCCCGGCCGAAGUAUUCUGUUGUGGCUGCGAAAAGUUCAUAUGUGGAACAUGCGUUUCAGUUGAGCAUAAAGAUCACGAUUGCAAGUACAUAUCAUCAGCUUCUAAAGGUGGAAGAGAUCGCUUGGCCAACGAACAAAAAGAGAUAGAAAGGAAAGAGUUAGAAUUAGCAAGUCUUAUUUCAGACGUGAAGGAACGCAAGGCAGAUUUUCAUUGUCAGAGCGAGAAACUCGAGAAAGCGAUUGAAAAACGUGAGGUAGAGCUCAUAAAGUUGGUUCAAGCCAAUGCGGACCGCAUGCGUAGAGUAGUCAACGAAGCCACCAGUCAGAUGGAAGAAGUUCUGGACCCCAUGGAAAAGGAACUAGAAUUAAUCCAGGGAUGUUUUGCGAGCUUUAAGGAUUUUACCAACGCCUUGAUUAUUCACGGUUCCGACCCAGAGGUCUUGCAGAUUAUGGCAAACUGCUUGAGACGCAGCAAGGAAUUAACGGAGAUGAAGUUACCGACCAUCCCAACCACCAAGAGUCUAAUCCUAGAUACCAAGCAUGUCAACAAUAUGUCAACUGUUCUUCGUGAGUGUAUGGGUGAGGUGCGACAUGCCAGGGACAAGGAACUGUUGUGGUCAUUCCGCGUAGACCUAAAUAUUGAUCCUCCGGAAACACCACACCAUGUAGCUGUAGAUGCUGAAGGGCGCGUAUGUGUUGGUGUCUGGUGUGACAAGGAUAAGAAGAGGAACAAGAUCAACGUAUACGACGUUAACAGGCGCUUAAUAGUGACUAUAACAAACCCCGAGUUGACAAAUGGCAGUCUCGCUGGUAUUGCAUUCGAUCAAGAUGGAAACGUUGUCUUGCGGUCACAGGCAGAGAACUUGGUAAUGAUCUACAGCAGGGAAGGCAAACUGCUAUCUAGUUUCCACAGUCAACAGCCGCUCGCAGUGUCAGUGAAUAGCAAGGGUCAGUACGUCAUUGCUGGAAGGGAAGCAAUAUACAUCCACGACAAGGAUGGGGUUGUCGCUCACAGUUUUCCUGAUCCACUUCAAGGUAAUGCCUUCAAAUAUGUUGCAGUCAGCGUUACAGGUGAUAUCCUUGUGUCACAUCCCGGUGCUGACAAAGUACUCGCCUACAACCCCGUGUCCGGUGUGCUGAAGUUCAUGUACGGAGCCACAGGCUGUGGUGAUGGUCAGGUGAACGCACCAAGGGGAAUGUGCUGCUUGGCAAACGGUGAUAUCAUAUUGGCUGAUGACCACAACAAUCGCCUGCAUCUACUGUCUCCAGAUGGCGUGUUUAAGAAGUUUCUUCUUACCAAAGAAGACGGGUUGAAAUCCCCACAGGAUGUUGCCUUCACCCCAGAUGGAAUGCUUGUUGUCGUCGAGGAUGGAGGAGCUGUAAAGUGCUUUACCUUCCAAGAUUAA